UGAACAAUUACGGUUGUUUUAUUGAGAUAAUCGAAUACCGAAAUGUUCAAUAAUUGAGCAAAGAAAUUUGAUUUAGAGUAAAAGAAGAUGGGAGUAGGAGAAAGAUUGAAAAGAUGGAUCUUUUGUAGAAAAAGAACGAAGGAUUAUGAAGUUGAUUCACCGCCAAGUUCAGAAAGGAAGAAGAAACGGAAUGCGCGGCUUCAACGGUGGAUGUGGCUGGCAACACAAGUUCUGCUGUCGCCAUUUUUCUGCAUUGGAGGACAAAAGCGUCCAAAGGAUGAUUUUGAUCCAAUUGUUCUGAAUUUUGAUCUCGGUGACAAUGAAAUAUGGAUAGAUCCAAUGACGUAUAACAAUGAAAGAAAUCAGGAUAAAACAGCUGCUGGGGACAAUAUCAGUGUUUUAUCGAGUGAUUCUCUUGUGGUUCUGUUUGGUCAUAAGAAAAAAGAGGAAAAGUUGCUGAACAAAGAAUCGUUGGACAUCGGGAGUAUAAAAGUAAAAAUUCUUGAAAGAACGAAUUCAUUCGAGAAUCUUCCAGGAAUGGUGUUUGAUGAAAAUGAACUCGUUUUAGAAAAUUCGAAGGGUAAAGUAACAUACCGGCGUCCAAAGACCGCACCCUCAACCCGAGCUGCAGCUCGUUACUCACCCGCCGAAGCAUUUUGGACUCCGCUUGAUGACACUGGUAUUGGUCUUCGUCAAAUUAUUCAGGAGCUUCCAAGUCUUCAACAAUAUGUGAAAGCGCGUGAGGAAAAGAGACGAAGAAGACCGAUCACUGCAAAACCAGUUCAAAGUAAAAAUAAAGAAUUCAGCUUGGAAGACUUGCAGAUUAUGAAAGAUGUGAAGUUGACGCAUGAUCAUGUUUUGGAUAAAGUUUCAAUUUUACGAGAGGUUGAAAAAGAAGCGAAAGACUUUAUCAACAUGAUAGUUGACAGAGUGUUGGAGAUUGAAGACAUUAAAGAAAUUCUACAAUCUCCUUCAAACUCAGAGAUAGAUACGCUUUCAUCAAUGUCUUCUGACUUUGAUAGUCUUGAUAUAACCGACUUGUUGUUCGACAUUGACGAAAUUGAGCAGAAAAGUAAUUUUCAGCCACCAGCCGACGAUAAAGAGAUUGGACAGUGUGAUGUUGCUGAAGAUAACCAACUCUAAUAAAGGAGAUGAAUAUCGGAUUCAAUUUAUGUUUGUCUUAUUAUCUCUUUUAAUAUGCUUAUGUAUUCAAAUACAUUUUAUUUUGUCUCACGUUGUUUCAAGAAGACUCUGAUUUUGGGUAAUGUGUAAUGCAUGAUCAUCACCUA